AUGCUGUUAACGGUAGAGGGUCCGGGAGCGGGCGCAGCUGAAGUGACUGGAGCUGAGCUUGCUGCCACGGAAGAAGAAGAGGGGGAAACGGAAGAGGAAACACGGGAUGAGGUAGACACAGGCGAGGAGGCAGCUACGGAAGAGGAAGCAGCCACGGAUGAGGAAGCAGCCGCAGAUGAGGAAGCAGGUGCCACCGAGGAUACGGCUGCAGACGAAGAAGCGACAGCAGACGAAGAGGCAGGUGUCAUCGAGGAUGCGGCCGCAGAGGAAGAGGCAGGUGCCGCCGAAGAAGCAUUAGUUGCCGACUUAGUUGAGAUGCUGCGGACCAGUCUUCCACCAAUAAUGUUGCUGUUCGAACCGGCAGCGUUGGCUGCGCUCUUCAGGUAG